AUGUUUUCCCUGUGUACAGUACAUUCAAAUAUGUUAAUUAAUUGCUUUGGAGUUCUACAUUGUAAUAUAUGCCGCACAGUAUUAAGAAAUUGCUUUUUGUCUGGGACAUCUGAUUUACAAAAAUGUAUUUCAUGUGGAGAGAAGUAUUACAAAAUUAGUCCUUGUACACAAAACCAUGAAAGCUUUUUGAUGUCCAAAAUAGAUAUGAAUAACACAUUUGUGGAGUUAAAGGAUCACGAAGAAGUAACCGAUGAGAAGAUGAAAAAUUUGAUAACAAAAAUAAUAGAAAUUGCCAUAGACAGGCAUACGUUGGGUUUACACGAUUUUAGUAGUGUUAGCGAUGAAUAUAAAGAGAAAAUAAAAAUGUUAUGUAUGUUUUCUAACUAUAAAGAUAACUAUGAAAAUGCUAACAACCACAGACAAGCAAAAGUAGAAAUCGUCGAAGAACAUAUACAUAAAAUUGUAGAAUCAUAUAUAAAUGAAGAAAAUAAUAUGGAACAUAUGAAAGAUUUAUUAAAGAAUCCAGCUUUAUGUUUAAAAAAUCCUAAUCAAUGGGUUAAAGAUAGAGCAGGUUUUAAAGAUGAUGAUAAACCUUCUGUUGGUAUAAUACCUGAGAGGAAAAUAUUCAAACCUUAUGAUAUUAAGACUUUAAAAAGUUCUUUAUAUGCCUCUAGCACAAAUUGUGACAGGCAAUUUUGUGAUCGUUUUUCUGAUUCAAAUGAAUGUGAGCAUAGAAUUAGGGUUCUCAAUCAAGGAAAAUGUGGGAAUUGUUGGGUUUUUGCUUCGAGUGUUGUUAUAGCAGCUUACAGAUGCCGAAAAGGGUUAGGAUUUGCUGAACCCUCAAUAAAAUAUGUAACAUUAUGUAAAAAUAAACACUUAAUGGAUAUCGACAAUAAUCCCUUUGGUCAUUAUAAUGAUAACAUAUGUAAAGAGGGUGGUCAUCUUUCGUACUAUUUAGAAACCUUGGAAAAGACUAGAAUGUUACCUACAUCUCAUGAUGUACCUUAUAAUGAGCCUAUAACAGGAUCGGAAUGUCCUGAUAAUAAGGAGACAUGGAGUAAUAUAUGGAAAGGUGUAAAUUUGAUGGAUAGGAUAUAUGCAGGAUAUAUAUAUCAUGGGUAUUUUAAGGUAUCCUUUAAGGAUUAUGUAGUUAGUAAUAGAACCAAUGAUUUAAUAAAUAUAAUAAAAGAUUAUAUUAUUCAACAAGGAUCUGUAUUUGUUUCUAUGGAAGUAACAGAUAAAUUAACAUUUGAUCAUGAUGGGACAAAAGUUAUGAUGAGUUGUGAAGAUAAUGAUAGUCCGGAUCAUGCCUUAGUAUUAAUAGGAUAUGGUGAUUAUAUAAAAACGAAUGGAAAAAAAAGUUCUUAUUGGUUAUUAAGAAAUAGUUGGGGAUCACAUUGGGGUGAUAAGGGGAAUUUUAAAUUAGAUAUGUAUGGUCCCAAUAAUUGUAAUGGUAAAGUAUUAUAUAAUGCCUUUCCUUUACUUUUAAAUAUGGCACAUAAUCCAAUAGAUGUCCCAUUACCUAAUGAUUUAGCAUCUACAGAUAUUAGAGUUAGAUAUAGACAAUCGGAUUUUAAUCAAAAUAGAAAUAGAAAUAAUUAUCCACAAUAUGAUAAAAACAGUAAUGAUAAUGAUCGAAAUUAUAUUAAUCCAUAUAAUAAGAAUGAUAAUAAUUAUAAUCCUUAUAAUAAACCUCAUUAUAAUGAUAAGGAAAAUGAUGCUUAUUAUGAAAAAAAUGAUGAUUAUAAUAAUGCACAUAUUAGGAGAAAUACAAUUCGUUUCAAGAAAAGAAUUAUCAAGUAUUCUUUAUAUGCAAGAAUUGGAAACACUGUAUAUAAGAGGACUAUAUUUAGCAAAAGAAAAGAUGAAUACAAGGAACCAUAUUCGUGUCUCAGAACAUUUUCUUUUGAAAAAGAUUCAGAUACUAAGUGCCGUAGUAAUUGUGAGAAGUACAUUGAUAAAUGUAAACAUAAUUCUUCUAUAGGAGAAUGCUUAAUACAACAUUCUCCAAAUUAUAAAUGUGUAUAUUGUGGAAUGUAA